UGUAUACGUCAAGCAGGCGCGCCUGAAAUCCUCCUUUCUCUCAUCCUGAAGAUGGCGGCGGGGACUCUCUACACAUACCCAGAGAACUGGAGGGCCUUCAAGGCCCAGAUUGCAGCCCAGUACAGCGGUGCUAAGCUUAAGGUUGCCAGCACCCCCCCAGCCUUCAGCUUUGGGCAGACAAACCGCACCCCUGCCUUUCUCAACAACUUUCCCACGGGCAAGGUUCCGGCUUACCAGGGUGAUGAUGGGUUCUGUCUGACAGAGAGCAAUGCCAUUGCUUACUAUUUGAGCAGUGAGUCUCUUCGUGGCACCAGCCCGCAAGCCAGCGCCCAGGUGCUGCAGUGGGUGAGCUUUGCGGAUAAUGAUAUCGUCCCAUCAGCCAGCGCAUGGGUCUUCCCCACCCUUGGCAUCAUGCAGUUCAACAAACAGGCCACAGAGCAGGCUAAAGAGGAGGUGAAGCGUCUCCUUGCUUACCUGAACCAGCACUUGAAUACCCGUACCUUCCUGGUUGGUGAGAGAGUAAGCCUGGCUGACAUCACAGUAGCCUGUUCUCUGCUUUGGCUCUACAAGCAGGUUCUGGAGCCUGCCUUCCGUCAGCCCUACCCCAAUGUGAACCGUUGGUUCGUAACCUGCGUCAACCAGCCACAAUUCAAGGCUGUUCUUGGGGAAGUGAAGCUCUGUGAGAAGAUGGCCCAGUUUGAUGCCAAAAAGUUUGCUGAGAUGCAGCCCAAGAAAGACACGCCACCAAAGAAGGAAAAGGGUGGUAAGGAAGGUGACAAGCAGCAGGAGAAGAAAGAAAAGAAGAAGGAGGAGAAGAAGAAGGAAGAGAAGAAACCCGCCCCUGCUGUGGAGGAGAUGGAUGAGUGUGAAGCUGCACUUGCCGCAGAGCCAAAAACCAAGGACCCCUUCGCACAUCUUCCAAAGAGCUCAUUUGUCAUGGAUGAGUUCAAGAGGAAGUACUCCAAUGAGGACACCCUGACUGUGGCACUGCCCCAUUUCUGGGAGCACUUCGAUCGUGAGGGCUACUCUAUCUGGUAUGGGGAGUAUCGUUUCCCUGAAGAGCUGAGCCAGACCUUCAUGAGCUGCAAUCUCAUCACAGGAAUGUUCCAGCGCCUUGACAAGCUUCGCAAAAAUGGCUUUGCCAGCGUCAUCCUGUUUGGCACAAAUAACAACAGUUCCAUCUCUGGUAUCUGGGUCUUCAGAGGUCAAGAUUUGGCAUUCACUUUGUCUGACGACUGGCAGAUUGACUACGAGUCCUAUUCUUGGCGCAAGCUGGACGUGGACAGCGAGGAGUGCAAAACCAUGGUCAAGGAGUACUUUGCCUGGGAGGGUGAAUUCAAGCAUGUUGGAAAGCCCUUCAACCAGGGCAAGGUCUUCAAGUGAAGUCUCACUCCAAGUGCACCAUCUGGCAAAAUGCAUGGACAUACAACCACUUUGAAAAAGAAAAGGAACUUCAAGGAAAUAAUUGGAGUGUGUUGUAUGCUCUGUGUGGAGUUCUGCGUUGAGGUGAAAAAAUAAAAGUGUUUUUCAUAAUCCCA